UUUUUUUUUGUUUUUUUUUUCUUUUUGUGUCUUUGUCAAAGGUAUGGAGUGUUGUUACGGAAAAGGAAUGGCCUCAUCCCUUAUUUCCUUCUUUUAACCCCUGACCUCUUACUUUAAACUUUCUUUGUAUUCUUUCCUUCUACCAUCAAGUUGCAAAUUCAUUGAACAGCAAUUUCUUUUACUUUGCUUCCUUUGCCGUGCUCAAAGUUUAUAGCUAAAAAUCCAGAUACACAGGGCUUAGAAAGCAUCAAGUCUUCAGUGCAGCGUUCAAAGUAAAUUAUGACAGCCAUACCAUCCGCAAGUCUUUCAGAGAACAUACUUGCAAGAAAUAAUGCUCGGCAACGAACUACAGCUCCUGUUGCAGCACCCAGUCCAUUAUCAGGAACAAGAGUCUACCAGUUGCAAUCAUCUCUCUCGGCCAAACUACAUGAGAAAAAUCAAGCACUUGAGCAACUUCAACUUAGCCCAAUUACUCGCAAAGCUCUUGUUCAACAAUCUGAGCUUAUUAAGAAAGAGUUAAAUAACUUAAACCAAUAUGACAAGGAACUAGAGGUGUCUGAAGAGCUUCGGUUCAAACUGGAACUGCUAACCAACGAAUUACAUACCGUAAAAGGUAGUAAGUCCACCACUCGUUUUGGUGGUAAUAAUACUAAUAAACUGAAACCAUCUACAGUAAAGCCACUACCACCGCCUUUAACCUCUGCUGGACCCACAAAGCAACGAUCGAAGAAUAUUAAGGGCAGCGGUCGAAAUCCGGAUAUUGCCUUUGCAACAGAAAUAGGCCAAAAUUUAUUAGUAGAGAUUCGCAGAUUACAGAACCUUUUGCAAGAAAAGGAGGAUAUAAUUAAGCAACUAGAAAAAUCACAAGAUGAUAAUGAAUUAAGCUAUGAUGAUGCAAUAACGCAAUUGAGAAAGAAGGAGAAGUCAGAAGAAAGAUUACAAGAAGAAAAUUGGAACUUGGAAAUAGCAAAUCAAGAGCUUCGUGAUCACUUAAUAGAAUCCAGCCAAACAAUAGCCAAACACAAUGUAGAAUAUGCAAAACUGUCCAAACAGUUAAAAAGGCAGACAGAACAGAUUGAAAUUUUGAAAGCACGAGAAGAAAAGUCCAUAUCUGUUAUAGAGACAAUAAAAGCCCGACAUGAACAAGAGUCUUUCACCCUAAAAAAGAUAACAGCACAAACGCAACGAGAAUCCAACCUCUUGAAAAAUCAACUCCAGGAUUUAAAAGCAGAAUUGCAGAUCUGUCAAUCCAAACUGGCUAUUAAGCAAUCAGUCUCUUCACGCGUAACAGAAGCUAUAAGCAGUCAAUCCAACCCCAGCAUCGAAAAUGAAGGCAAUGAAGACGAUCAUUCGAAUGCAGCUGAAAAAAUAUUAGCAACAAACAAUAACGCGAUACAAGUAGUACGAAAUCAAGCUAUGGAAACUGAAACUUUAAAACAAUCACUAGCUCAUGCCCACCGUAUCAUCUCCAACUUGAGAAGCUCGUCUCAUAAAGAAAAGAAAGAGAAGUUUGAAUUGAAAAAGAUGCUAUCUGAUAGUCAGGAAAUAGUCGAACAACAGAGUAAGCAACUGAUCAACUGUCAUUGCAAUAGAGACCAUCUUUCCACAAAUGAUACAAAAAAAAUGAUUGGAAAGAAGAAACCAAUAGCAGCGAAAAGAAAAAGAAUAGGUGUUGCUCGACGAGCCAAAGGUUUAACUCCGGAAGAGUCGAACUCGGACGAAGAAAUCGGAAUAGAGCAACACAAUAGCUCAAACAUAUCAACAACUGCAGAUGACGAAGUAGAUGACAUUGAAAGCAAUGAAUACCAAAUGUUAGAUCCUUAUUUCGGUACUGAUUGCAAUAGUAAUCCUCAUCAAAACAAUAUGCUCCGUUACAACAACAGUGCUUUAGUUCCAGCGUUGGCAAUGAAGCCGUUAUCAUCUGAAUUAGAGGCGAAUAGUAAAGUUGAGAAAUGUGAUAUAGGGGUGAACACCGAUGCAUUAUACUUGACUGAAGAGCAAUUGGGAGUAGUGAAUCAACCAGUCAAGGCCUAUAGGGAAACCAUUGAUGGUAUAUACAAUACACAACCUGACAGCAGUGUAUCACAAACAUUAACUGAAAAAAUGGAUAAAAAGGAUAAGAUGUCAAGGAAUAGCAUUAACCAGCAACAAGCUAUACUUUUGAGCAGAAUUAACAAUACAGACUAUGAAAUGAAUCCUGUUACAAUCAACAAGGACAAAACUCCUGCAAAUCAAUCCUAUUUCGGCUCAUUGCAAGCAUCAACAUUGCUCAAGUAUAAAGGAGUAGAUAAUGUAGACUUCAGAACCGCGAAACGAAAUAAGGAUCAGCUUGGAAACAUUAUCGAUCUAAAAAAUGUGUUCUUGCAACGUGCAAGAGAUAUUCUUUCACCUGCUCAAAUAGAUAUGCUCAUACCGAUCUUUAAUGAAGGAUACACCGUAACUACUGCAGUAGAAAAGGCCAACAGUUUAUCGGUCCCUUAUAGUAAUCUAUCAGACGAGCAAUGUAAUCCACAAACAAAUAUAAAUGCUGAUAAUGACAGAUUUAAAUUUGAUAUGGGGCAGCCUAAUGUGAGCGUUAUGAAAAAGACAUUGCCAACCACUGAAGACGAUCCACCUGCAAAAACAGAGAGUCCUCGAAUAACAGUCGAGGAAGGUAAUGCUUUAAGAGGUAAGAAGCUCACCCCAUCAACUGCAAUGGCGUUAAAAGAGCAGCAAGCGGACGAGUCUCUCGCAGCAGAUACAGAAUCUUUGUCAAGUGUUGAAUCGUUUUCAGCUAAUGAAGCGAAUGAACCAACUGAUAGCCCGAACAAUAACAUUAAUAAGUUACUCGAAUCCCUGGACGACUCUCAAUGCAAGUUGAAAGUUGCUCAUACUAAAACCGAAAUGAAACAACAGUUUGAAAUUGAGUUGAUAAAACAACGUUCAGAAUUGAUUUUGGCUAUGGACAAUGCACUAAAAGAACAGAGAAAGGAGUUAGAGACGGCCAGGCAGAAUGAUAUAAACAAAUUAAAAGAGGAUAUGGAAGCUUCGAAACUGACAAAUAUCCAGGCGUUAAACGCCGACAUCGAAUCUUACAAAAAGGAGGCUAAAUUAACCAAUCAGCAGAUGAAAGAAAUGUUGACAAGGGAAAGCGCAAAUAUACUUAUCAAACGUGCCGUAGAUGAAGCAGUAGAUGCAACAGAGAAGAAACAUAGGGCAGUUUUGUCAGAAAUGAUACCAAAACAAUCAGCGCUUGGUAUGGUUCAAAUUGAAGUUGCAAAAGCAAUAGAAGAAGAAAGGAAAGUGAUAUCAAAAAAAGAGGAAUCUUUUGAAAGGGAAUUGCAGUUGAGAUUAAACCAAAUGAUAUCAAAGGCUGAGGCUGAAGGAAUAAAAAAAUUAGCCGUAGCUGAUGCUAUUAUGAAAGAACGUAAAGCAAUCGCCGCAAGAGAGGACGUUAGAUAUACCAAAGAACAAGUAGACCUAUUAAUAGAAGCCGCUGUGAGAGAAGCUAUCAACAAUAAAAAAAGCGAACACGCACUUCUUUCAGCAACGAAAAGAAAGUUCAAUCGUGAUAAAGAGAAGUUAUCAGCUGGUUAUUUGGAAACGGAGACACACACAACUGAUAAACGUGCGCCACAGGAUUUAGAGCAUAACUAUGUACCAGCCAUCCCAGUCAAACGUUCUAAUUCAACAUUAUCAAAAAAACCUUUACCUUCAAGAAAAACACCAUCACCAUUUCCGUCAGUGUCUACGCCUGUGUUUAGUCCUGGAAAGCCUAAACUUAGUGAAACCAACAGAACAGACUCUUUCCGUUUGAAACUAUCUAAAAGCAUUUCUCCGCAUCAGAAAAGUAAGCGUUUUAGUAUUGAUAAUACAGAAGUCAAGAACAACUCAUAUGGAAGCGUGCGCAUAUUAGAAACGACAAGAUACAACAAUAAAGCUUACCAGCAUCUAAAAGCAAGAUCUUGUAUGAGUCUACACAGUCUUUCACAACGACAAAUAUCCUCGACUUCAAUAUCUACAAUUUCCUCCAAUGAGGACAGCCUUUCAGAUAAUUUGUUAGAGAAUCCGAGUUUAACAUUGCAUAAUUCGUCGGAUACGCACAUUAAUGUUGUCAUGGCGGUUACUCAAACAGUUAUUGGCGAGGAUAUGUUCAAACAUACACGCCGUUAUGUCGGCGGUGGGUUUUCUGCAAAUAACCACAAGAGAUACUUCUGGGUUCAUCCAUAUACCAACACACUCUAUUGGAGCACGACACGACCUGGACCUGAAGGCAACGAAAGAAAAACCAAGCGCAUUUUUGUACAAUCUGUAGCCUCUAUACCUAACAACAAUAGGUCUGGAUUAUCACCAAAUAGUCUGCUUAUAAGUACACCAAAGAGGAAACUAAAAAUUACUGCAUCCACUUUAGAAAGGCAUGAAGUGUGGCUCAAGGCUUUGACUUACCUAGUAAAGAGACCUAUAAUUACGAAUGAAAGGAUAAGUGAGCAAACAAGUCACGAUAUCUGCAGUACUGCUUCCCUUGAAUAUGCUGGUCAUCAACAAACCUCGAAUGAUACCUUGAAUAUUUCAUAUGAUGCUUUGUUUAGCACGGGAAACAGUGAUGCUCAAAUAUUUGAUGUGGAGGACUCUGAUUCAGCUGAUUCUGAAGAACUUAUUGAUGUAAGGCAGUGCUGCGGUGGUAAACAUGAUAUUUCUACUUUAUCCAAAAACAGGCAUCAUAAUCACUCAUUUCGAGAAGGUUUAGAUGAGUGAACAAUUGAGAUAUACCGUUUCAGAGCCAACUUCUAUAGAUUGUGUUGUUUAAUGAAUGAAGUGGGUUAGCAGUAAUUUUUCUAUCAUCCGAGU